UCCAUUUGCAGGAAACUGUUUUGAUGUCAGAAUGAACUCCAAAGUGGCUCAUCAAGCCACAGAUCGGGCACCUCAUCCUGCUGUUUUGUGAUGUCAGCAUUCGUUCAGGCCUCAGAGGACCGAGCCUUUACUUAGUAUAUUGAAGUUAUAAAUACCAGACCUUAAACUUCCUAUCCCCUCUUGAAACCCAACUGCUACCAGACAUACCUUAAGACCUGUCAAGUCAAAUUCAACCCCCAAAACCAGUUCGCCAUGUCUAACCGCGCCGAACGUGAAGCCGAAGACCGCUACGAGAAUCUCAACGACCCAUCCGCUGUCUCGAGCAGGUUCACAGACAACUCCUACGCAAAGGAAACACGCUCUGGCCUGAAGGGUCAGGUUCCCGUGCAGCGGGACUCGGCUUCGUAUAACGACCCGAUGCAGCCUCCCUACUCGAACACAGAUCAGCAGCUUGCCCAGGACGAAAACGAGGCUAUUGAUCGCUCUAAUAUCCUCGGUGGUGACAGAUUGAGGCAUGCGAAGCCGGACCUUCAGGGGCAGUAUCGAGAGGGAGAGGAUGAGGAGGAGUUUCAGGACAGUUAUUAACUGGAUGUAAUCUAUACUCAUUGUCGAACUAUGGAAGGUGGAGGCAUGAAAUACACACGUAUUAUUAUAUAUCCCAACGGCUCCCCUUGGUAACCCACCAUUAGUACCUAAAUAUGUGAAGGUUCUUUGCCGC